GAGAACACGACGAACAUACCGUUACCCAUCAAUGUGGAGGCAUCGCAAUACUGGGACGGCGCUGAUGGACCAUGGUCUUCGUUUCCACUGCAGGUGGGCACGCCGGCGCAAGACGUACGAGUCUUCAUUUCGACGAAUGGAUACACAACUUGGACCGUGAAGGCGCUAGGAUGUACAGGCCAAGCAGCAUCGAUAUCUGGAUGUGAAGAGUCGCGCGGAGAAUACUUCUUGACCAACACAUCUCUGACAUGGGUACCCAACUCUAUCUUCCAGCUAGGAUUGCCGAACGAGAUGAACUUGGGACUGGACGACGAGGCAAACUACGGAUUUGAUACCGUCACUCUGGGAUGGCAAGGCUCAGGCGGUCCAUCGGUACAACACAGCACCAUUGCAAACUAUGCUUAUUAUGAAUUUUGGCUUGGAAUUUUUGGAUUAAACCCGCAACCAGCCAACUUCACAACUUACACGGAUCCCCAACCGAGUUUCUUGACUCAGUUGAAGAGGAACAACUCCAUCCCGAGUGUGAGCUGGGGAUACACUGCUGGAAACCAAUAUCGCUUCUCCGGGGUUUAUGGAAGUCUCGUUCUCGGUGGCUACGAUCAGUCCAAGUUUGAGGCUACUAAUCUUACUAUUCCGUUCGGCUCUGACGUGUCGAGAGACCUGCUCGUCGGAGUCCAGUCCAUUCAGGCGGGAAGCUCUUCUCUGGCGAACUCGACCAAUGCAUUCUACGCGCUGAUUGACUCAACAGUUGCUUACCUCUACUUGCCCGAAUCCAUCUGCACAGCGUUCGAGCAAGCAUUCGGUAUCGUUUACGACGAGUAUUAUGACUUUUACAUUGUCAACGAGACCAUGCACUCGAACUUGUUAUCGAUGAACAAGAGCGUUACAUUCACGCUUGGCCAGGCGACAUCUGGAGGACAGACCGUCGACGUUACACUGCCCUACGCAGCCUUCGAUCUGGAACUUGCUUUCCCUUAUGUGGCCAAUUCGACCCGCUACUUCCCUCUGAAGCGUGCAAACUCGAGCGAGCAGUACACUCUGGGCCGUACCUUUUUGCAAGAAGCCUACGUCGCAGCGGAUUACGAACGCCGCAACUUCACAGUCGCACCCUGUGUCUGGGAGCAAAACGCAGCAUCCGAGAUCCGCACCAUCUUCUCUCCAGACAGUGGUUACUCCUUCGAUGGCAAGCGCAAAAGCGGUAUCAGCGGUGGUGCCAUCGCCGGCAUCGUGAUCGGUGUUCUUGCAAUCAUUGCCAUCCUCGCCGCAGCACUCUGGUUCAUGCGUCGCAAGAAGCAACAGAAGAAACACGCGGCUGUGGAACUGGAAGCCAAGUCCAUGGCUGCGGCACAGGGAGCCUCUGCAGACUCAUCGCUGCUCAAGGAAGAUUCCAAUGCAGGCGCCAGCACGCCCACUGGAGGCGAACUCGACAGCUCGAGACAGAUUCACGAGAUUGCCGGUGCGAGCAAGACUCAUGCGACUGAGAUGGAUGCACCAUGGCGGGGCGAGUUGGAUGCUGCCGGUGGCCAUCACGAGUUUUAUGGCAAGUUGCCGCAAAACACUUUCGAAAUGGAAGGGAACAACGAGCCCAUCUUUGAGAUGGAUGCCACGACGACGCAAUUGCACGAGUUGGAACCUGAUACUAGACGCCAGAGUUGGGAC